GUGUAGGAGUUAAGAAAAGAUUCAUUCAAAAGUUAAAAGUGUGUCGAGUCGAAUACAGUGAGUAGCUCUAUUUUUAAAAUUGAUAGAUAUUAAGUGAAUAGAUAUUAAGUGGAAACUUUAGCAGUUUGGAAUGUAGAUAGUCGUGUAUUCCACUACUUCCUUUCCUAUGAACUAAAUUCUUUCGGUAACUUGAGAGUGACUACACUACUUAAGCUGCAUUUCUACAGCUACUGUCGUACAACUAAGCAAGAAUAGUUACAGUUGGACUGUUUAAUAGUAGAGGACUAUCCUCCCUCAAAUUAAGAGAGUGUGAGAGCAACAGAAGCUCAGACUAUUGGAUUAGCUGAGCAUUUGGCAUUCUUUGCCCACGACAGUCCAAGUAAACAAGUGAUUCCAACUUCUCUAAAGUGUCUGUGUGUUGACUGAAGUCUCCAGUAAACAAAUUAACUGUUUUGUUGAUACUCUCAAGGGAAAACAUCAAGAAAAAAGAUUCCUAUGGAGAUGCCAAGCAGGCGACCACACUCGUAUAUCAACAGCUUCUCUGCAAACGACUACACAGUAGUGGAAGGUCUUGCAGGUCCCUUGCAUAGAGCAAAGUCUAACAAAGAACUGAGCACCUCUCAACCAGCUGAGUGCAGCUAUCGAUACUCAAGAUCAAAUUCGCAAGGAGCUGAUUUCCAACAAGCUGUUUCUACUUCUUCACCCAAAGAAGACAAGGAGUUUGACAUACAGUGUGAGAUUGCACUAGAAGAACUAAGAGAGCAGUUAGAACAAAUUCCCUUCAAGAAGAAGUACGCAUCUGUAACAGUUCCUCUGUCUAUCAAAUAUUCAACAAUGACUAGCAGGCCAAGAUCCCCUAAGAAAAACAACGAGCUGGCUGAGCAGCUAGAGCAGGAGAAACUGCAGGAAGAAUUGGACCAGUCACUCUUUAAAAUCAGAGAGCAACUGAACAUGCUCACAUCUGAACGAGUCAACAUGGAGAAACACAUGGAGGAUCUCACCAAUGACAUCCACGAGGCACGCAUACAAUGCCACAACCAGUGCCAACAGAGAUUUUUUUCUACUGGAGUUCGAAGAGUUCGAAGCUCCACCUACACCCCAGAGAUAAAAAAGAAGCGCACAACACCACCCAGCCAAAGGAAAGCACCACAUGAAAAACGUGCAUCCCAACCAGCUCUUCUCUCUCCCGAUUCCUGUGUCAGCAGUCCGGAGUACAUUGUUCAGGGACAUAAGAGUCUGGGCUAUACCGACAGUGGUUAUGGAUCGCUCAAUAGAAGGGAACUACGAGUGAGAGCAGCAAGCUUUGCCACCUCAACUCCAAAUGUUAGUCUGAGCCAAGGAAACGAUUACAACCCAACCAUCCCUGAGUUACCCGAGUCUCCGUGCUUCUCCCAACAAACACCUUCCCAUCAUCUAAGAGAUCGAGUCAGGAGCAAUCCCACCCUCCAUUAUGUCUCCCAUACUGCUCCAAGACACCAUCGCAGUCAGUCUGCCAUAGUCACACCCAUAAUCAGCAUCACAUCAAGUCCCGAUCUUUCAACUCGCAGAAGACACGACGGGAAAUCGUAUCAGUUGUCCCAUCGCAAUUCACUGCCCGAGUCAGUGAUGAACAAAAUAGUUGAGGAUGAAAUUGAUUCAGUCAGUGUGAGCGACACUCUGUCACAAGCUAGUCUGUCUCAACUGACGGAUGAAGGCGGCUCUCCAAAAAGCCAGAGCAGUACGGUCAUUGUGAGAAGAAGUUCACUAACAGGGCAGGUUGAACACAUUCGACGUCCCAGAAAGAUAAACAGUUUUAGUGGAGCCACAGAGAUUGAAUUGAAAUUGAAGAGUUCAUACUAUAAGACUGACCCCGAAUAUAGAGUAUUGAACACUGGGUUUAAGCGAAACAGAAAAAAUAGAGUCAUACUACCAAACAGCAUCGAAACAACUGUUUAGGACAGCAUUUUUUAUUAUGUGUUACAGAAUUGUUUGUGUGUGUUGUACUGCAUAAUUAUUAUUUGUUUUCUCAUCAUUAUAUAUUACUGG